ACCCCUCAUUUCGCAGUGACUGAGAACUAUGCCCCUUCUUCAUUCACCGCUGCCAUCUCCUUCUUCGACUUCCUCUUCCUCGUCUUUGCCAUCUCUCAAUCUCCACCACCCGCCCUUUACUCUAUCCAGGAACUACGGUUUUGCCCUCUCAUGGGGUCCUAUGAACCUCACCCGGAAGGCGCUUGGAGCCCGAGUCGCCUGCGUGUCGACCCGGCCGAGGAGGAAGUCGGCCGUGCAGGGGGAGGAUGCGCAGGCGGAGGCGCAGGAGCUGGUUAGGGUUCUGUUGAGGAAGUUCACCGACAGGGAGCCCUUGGUGAAGACGCUGAACAAGUACGUGAGGAUCGUGCGGACGGAGCACUGCUUCCUCCUCUUCGAAGAGCUCGGCAAGUCCGAGAAAUGGACUCAGUGCCUUGAGAUUCAAUCGGCAAUCCCUUCGUUGAGUCGCCUCGUGCUUGUUCUAUGCUUUCAGGUGUUUAGAUGGAUGCAGAAACAGAGAUGGUAUAUUGCUGAUAAUGGAGUUUAUUCGAAGCUAAUCUCGGUGAUGGGAAAGAAGGGCCAAACUCGAAUGGCGAUGUGGCUCUUCUCGGAGAUGAGAAAUAGUGGUUGCCGUCCCGAUACUUCUGUCUACAAUUCGUUGAUUACGGCUCACCUCCACUCCAAGGACAAAGCGAAGGCUCUUGCAAAAGCUCUGGGCUACUUCGGGAAGAUGAAAAGCAUGGAGAGAUGUAAGCCCAACAUCGUGACCUACAACAUCCUCCUGAGAGCCUUUGCUCAGGCAGGUAACGUGGAGCAAGUGAAUGACUUGUUCAAGGAUCUCGAGGAGAGCAUUGUGUCACCGGAUAUUUACACGUUUAACGGAGUGAUGGAUGCGUAUGGGAAGAAUGGGAUGAUCCGAGAGAUGGAGUCAGUGCUUUCCCAAAUGAAGAGCAAUCAGUGCAAGCCCGAUAUCAUCACCUUCAACUUGCUGAUUGAUUCAUACGGAAAAAGGCAGGAGUUUGAAAAGAUGGAGCAGGUCUUUAAGAGUCUGCUGAGGUCCAAAGAGAAGCCGACAUUGCCCACAUUCAACUCAAUGAUCAUAAACUAUGGGAAGGCGCGUCUCCGAGAAAGGGCAGAGCACACAUUUAAGAGGCUCACUGAUAUGAAGUACACUCCAAAUUUCAUCACUUAUGAAAGUCUCAUAAUGAUGUAUGGGUUCUGCGACUCUGUUUCUAGUUCUCGGGAUGUGUUUGAUGGGUUGAUGAGAUCAGGGAAGGAGAUCAGGGUUUCGACCCUAAAUGCAAUGCUCGAUGUUUACUGCAUGAAUGGUUUGCCUGAGGAAGCAGACAGACUUUUCGAGCGUGUGAGAGGUUUUGGGGUUGUUCCUGAUGCCACGACUUAUAAGCUUCUUUACAAAGCAUACACGAAGGCCAACAAAAAGGAGCUUGUGGAGAAGCUGCUGAGACAUAUGGAUCGGGACGGGAUAGUGCCCAACAAGAGAUUCUUCCUCGAAACUCUUGAAGUUUCCGGGUCGUCUUCAACGGAUGGAGCAGAUUCAACCAGUGACAAAGCAGGUUUGAAAAGGACAGAAUUGUCUGUAAAGGCUUAGUUGGAAUUAAGUCGAAGCUAGAUCAAUGCUGAAAACAGGCAUUUGCGGAAUCCAAAGGUUGAAGUUUGCUUCAAACCAACCUUUGCCAUUCCUUAAAUUUCCGUUCAUGAAAUUGAUCUUCCCAUCUAUUCUUUGACGAUAGAAUGUGCUCAAGCCUCCUUAUGGGAGAUCCCAAAGUGACCUGUGAAGCCAAUUGUCAGGAUUCCGGCUGCAAGUGCCAUUAGUGUUCUUUCAAUAGUUUCAUCAAUUUAGAGUUUUACCGUCAUGCUGUAGUAUUUGUUAAGCUGUAUGUUGAGCAAGGUAAAAGUUUGAAAUUUAUUUAGUUGGAAA